AUGAUGCGAAUCCCCUAUCGAGCGGUGGUGCCACGCGCAACUUUACCCCAUGCACGCUUCAGUAGACCUUCUGCGAUUCCUUCCUUGACAAAGGCGUUCAUCGUCAAUCGGCGUACUUCCUCACAUGCCUCUUUCAUCGAGACUGGGCACAUUGAUGUGAAAGACGACGAGGGUCUUGUAUUUGUGAAUAAUAUCUUUCCGUCGAAGCUACAAUGGUUGCUACAAGGCCCGCUGAGCGGGACUAAAACCUACGAAGAGGCGUUGAAACGAAUCAACAGACCCCAUCUGGCGGCGUCGGAUCCAUUGCAUAUAAUCCGCCGUGUCUUCCCCCAGAGCCUGAACGUCGACAUCCGGGAAGUCAUUCCGCGCUUCAGAGAAGGCGGUGCUUUCGUGAAAUAUGUUCGCAAGGAUGGUGUCCGAGACACUGACAUUGUAACCGCCGUGCAAGACCAUCUGGAGCACAAUCCUAUCCGGCCCUGGUUCAACCCGUUUCAGCAGGUCAAGGUUGCCCACGUACAUGGCAGACCGUGGAUCGAGGAUCUAUAUCGCAUCCCAAGCCAGCGGCUGCGCGUGGAAUUCCUGCCAGGCUCUGUUGAUGGAGCCGCAACGGAACUGACCACGGAAACGUUGUAUUCUUUCUUCAGAAGAUAUGGAAAAUUAAGGGACAUUGAGAGACAGCCGACCGAUUCGAAAAUCGCUCCGAGAUAUGCCUUUGUGUCGUUCACGCGGCAAAAGUACGCAGUCAUGGCCAAGAACUGCAUGCACGGGUUCACCAUCCCGGAGCAAGAAGGCGGCGGCAAGUCCGGAACGAGGAUUAAGAUCAAGUACGAGCGGAAGAUCAAGUUAUCAGUCAUCAAGGACUGGAUCCUGAACCAUCCGAGGAUCGUGAUCCCUGCCAUUGCCGCACUCAUUGCGGCCAUCACUGUGACCAUCUUCGACCCUAUCCGCACAUUUUUCAUCGAAAUGAAGAUCAAGGCCACUCUGCAAACUGAAGAGAACAGUGUCCUUCAAUGGAUCCGGAAUCAGGUCAACAAGGCCAACAUCAUCUACUUCGGGCGCCAGAGAACAGACCCUCGUCGUCUCACUGCGAUAUGGGAGGAUCGCCAGGGAGACAUUAAGCAGUUGCAGUCCUGGCUGAUGGAGAAUGCCGAGACGUUCAUCGUCAUCCACGGCCCUCGGGGCACGGGAAAGCGAGAGCUUGUGUUGGACAGAGCACUCGAAAACUACAAGUACAAGGUCGUCAUCGAUUGUAAACAGAUCCAAGACGCCAAAGGCGAUACUGCAAAGAUAGCCCGUGCUGCUAGCCAGGUCGGUUAUCGGCCUGUGUUCUCAUGGAUGAACAGCAUGAGCAGCUUUAUCGACCUAGCUGCGCAGGGCAUGAUCGGCACCAAGGCUGGCUUCUCUGAGACAUUGGAUGCGCAGCUGAGCAAGAUCUGGCAGAAUACUGCCACUGCCCUAAAGAAGGUUGCCCUGUCUAACAGGAAAAAUGAUGACAAGGAGGCACACCUCUCAGACGAAGAGUACCUAGAAGCUCACCCCGAGAAGCGUCCCGUCGUAGUCAUCGACAACUUUCUGCAUAAUGCCUCUGAGAGCAGUGUGGUGUACGACAAGAUCACCGAGUGGGCCGCAGGCCUCACAACCGGAAACAUUGCUCAUGUAGUAUUCUUGACUACUGACGUUUCCUUCUCCAAACCUCUGAGCAAGGCAUUGCCAAACUCAGUGUUCCGGACCAUUUCCCUAGGUGAUUGCUCGCUCGACGUGGGCAGAAAAUUUGUCCUCAGCCACCUUGAGCAUGGGGAGAAGGAUGGAGCCAACUUAGGCCAGAACAUGGAAGAAGUAGGAGACUUGGGUACCCUGGAUAGCUGCAUAGAAGUGCUGGGAGGCCGAGUGACCGACCUUGAAUUUAUGGCACGGCGCAUCGAGACUGGAGAAACGCCCAGAGCGGCAGUUAAUCGCAUCAUCGAACAAUCGGCAUCCGAGAUCUUGAAGAUGUUCGUCUUUGACCCGGACAUUGAAUCCAAACAGUGGAGCCACGAACAGGCCUGGCAUUUGAUUAAGACGCUAGCCCACUCUCAGGAUGGCACUUUACCGUACAAUCAAGUUCUCCUCUCCGAUUUGUUCAAAGAGAACGGCGAGGCCACCCUCAGAGCUCUUGAACAAGCCGAGCUUAUCGCAAUCAGUUCCGUCAACGGAUGCCCUGACGCAGUGAAGCCUGGCAAGCCUGUCUAUCGGGCGGUAUUUAAGCGGUUAACGGAGAACAAGACGCUGAGUAGCCGGCUGGACCUGGACAUCGUCAAGCAGCUGCUGAGUAGUGAAAACAAGAGCAUUGGGAAAUAUGAGCAGGAGCUACAGGUAUUGGGUUCUCUCCCCAAGCAGCCCCGAGAGCUCAGCGCACGGAUUCAGUGGCUCCUGCAGAAGGUGGCAAGUUCGCAGAACAAGAUCAGCCAGUAUGAACGCGAGAGUGCCAUCUUACAGAAGUAUGACUUGUUAGCGCCAGGGAAUCUUGUACGAUUCGUCGGCGAUGUUCUCAAGACUAUCGGAUGGCCAGCCAUAGUGGCUAUUCUGGUCUCCAUCUGCGUGGUGACUCGUCUCAUCACCGAAUAUCAAAGUCGUUCCCGUGGGAUCUCCGAGGGACGUCCGCGUCCCGUAAGGACGGUACCAUAUUGGCUGCCCUGGCUCGGCCAUGGCCCGGCUUUUGCCUGGGACCAUGUCGAUCUCAUUCAAAAGUCCAGAAAGUCGAUGAAGGAGGCCGUGUUUGGAAUCUACAUGGGUGGCACCAAACACGAUAUUGUCCUGGCCCCAUCCCUGGUCAACUCGGUAUUGGCUGCUCGGGGUACCUCCUCGACGGACUUGAUCAAUUAUGCCCUUGAGAAGAUCUUUGGCGACCGAGGUGUGGUUCGUAAAUUGAAUCCUGUAGACCAUCAUACGCUCAACCACAAUAUUCCCAACCUUCUCAUGCGGGAGCCUUUCUUGACCGAAGGCACCAGAACCGCUACCCGCUUGAUUGAACGGGAGAUCCCUAAUUUGGUGACCAACUGCCGAAGCAUCGUGGACCAGAUGCUGUGGGAGCGCGGGAGCCAGGCUAUUGUCGUUGACGGGGAAGACCCGCUUGCCUGCGAGGUGAACUUUUUCGCCCUCAUCAGAAGGUUCGUUGGACACGUUACUACGGCAAUUUUCAUGGGCGAGGCCAUUCUUGAGGCUUUCCCUGCCCUGCUGGAAGAUGUGUUCACGCUGGACAAUCAGUUUGUGCCUCUGUCCAUGGGCAUCCCUCGGUUGGCCCACCCUGGGGUUUCUGCAGCGCAUGUUGCCCGUCGACGGCUCCUCGAUUCUCUUACAGAGUACCAUCAGGCCUUCGUUGCUUGGGAUGAUGGGAUUGAUCCUGGACUCACGUUUCAAGAUCUUGACGACAUCUCGGAACCUAUAAAGGAGCGGAUCCGCAAAUGCAAAGAGCUAGGACUUUCUGCAAGGUCUAGCGCACCAAUACAUCUAUCCUUGCUUUGGGCGAUGAACGGAAACUCCCCGAAUGUUGUCUUUUGGCACCUUCUCCGGAUGUAUGCCAGCCCUACGCUCCUGGAAGAGAUUCGCAAGGAGGUCGCUCCUUAUGUGAAGAUUGUCCGGCAGGAAAGCGGCUUCGCUUUCCAAGAAGCCCCCAAGCUGUCAAUCGAUACAGAUGCCCUAGUCAAAUCGUGUCCUUUGUUGAAGGCAAGCUUCUAUGAGACAUUGCGCUUAGAUUCAGCGCCUCUGUCGUUUCGGGGAGUUACCGCUGACCUCACCAUCACGGAAUCCGCUGAAGAUGCCGCUAUCGCCGGCGUAGCGCAGCCUCGGUCAUAUGAGCUCAAGAAGGGCGAUACCGUGGCUAUUCCGCACGCUGUUCUCCAUACAGACCCCAAAUACUUCGCUAAUCCUCGUGAUUAUGACCCAAUGAGGUUCAUUUCUACCGACUCCGAAACCGGCCAGAGGAAAGCGAACGUACACACCAUCAAGCCAUUUGGUGGCGGAGUAUCGGGAUGCAAGGGCCGUGCCUUUGCAGAGCGGAAGCUCCUUGCGUUCGCCGCGGCAAUCAUCACCAUGUGGGAUGUCAAGCCCGCCCAAGAGGGAGGCUUCACCAUUCCUGAACAUCGGCCGUCUGGCGCGGCAUAUCUGCCUCGGAAGGAUGUCCGGGUGCGGAUCACGCAGCGUGCUUAA